GAGUCUAAAUACAGACAGGAUCCACAAGGAAGAAGCAGCGAGUGCGGAGGCUCAGUCAGUUGCUUUUUUGUCCCGACCUGCCGUGCUGCUCUUUCUCUGCUCCAACCACUCACUCAUCAAGGCAAGAUGGAGGCCAUCAAGAAGAAGAUGCAGAUGCUGAAGCUGGAUAAGGAGAACGCCAUCGACCGAGCAGAGCAAGCUGAGGGCGACAAGAAAGGAGCAGAAGACAAAUGCAAACAGCUGGAAGAAGAGCUGCAGGGUCUGCAGAAGAAGCUGAAAGGAGUGGAGGAUGAGCUGGACAAAUACUCGGAGUCGUUGAAGGACGCCCAGGAGAAGCUGGAGCAGGCGGAGAAGAAGGCAACAGAUGCUGAGGCUGAGGUGGCAUCUCUGAACAGGCGCAUCCAGCUGGUGGAAGAGGAGUUGGACCGAGCUCAGGAGAGACUGGCUACUGCUUUACAGAAGCUGGAGGAGGCUGAGAAAGCAGCUGAUGAGAGUGAGAGAGGAAUGAAGGUCAUCGAGAACAGGGCAGGGAAAGAUGGGGAGAAAAUGGAGCUUCAAGAGAUGCAGCUAAAAGAAGCCAAACAUAUUGCUGAAGAGGCUGACCGCAAAUAUGAAGAGGUUGCACGUAAACUGGUCAUUCUUGAGGGCGAUCUGGAGCGUUCAGAGGAACGUGCUGAGGUGGCUGAGGCUAAAUCAGGUGAUCUUGAGGAAGAGUUGAAAAAUGUCACCAACAACUUGAAGUCAUUGGAGGCUCAAUCUGAAAAGUACUCACAAAAGGAGGACAAAUAUGAAGAAGAAAUUAAAGUUCUGACCGACAAACUUAAAGAGGCUGAGACCCGAGCAGAGUUUGCAGAGCGGUCUGUGGCCAAGCUGGAGAAGACAAUUGACGACCUGGAAGAUGAAGUGUAUGCUCAGAAGCUUAAAGGCAAGGCUCUCAGUGAGGAGCUAGACCUGGCUCUCAAUGACAUGACUACCCUGUAGAAGCUCACACUUCCUUUCCUUGCUUGCCUGUUGCUGUUCUUUUUCAUUCCACAGUGGAAUGAUCAUCUACCAACCUUUUAUCAGAUAAAAGAAUCAUAUUCAGAUCACCUUCAGCACAGUGCUGACUCCGGCAGUAGACUUGCUUUCAGUGCAAUGUGUUUUGCUGAGCUUGCACUUGUCAUUUCUACUGUUGAAAUGUUUCCACUACGCUUCCCUCGCUGCAUUGGAAUAAAUCUAUUU